CCAGAACGGACAGAAUAUGACCUUUUCUGGGAUGCUGGCACACACCAUCGUAGUCGCUUGGCUGAACAGCUUCUCCAGGGGUGUCGACUCAGAACGGCUUAGGAUGUUGCGGGCAGGAGAAACAUGCGUUACGUCCAUGUCCCCAUCAUCACUGUGGUCGUCGGUGACUUCUUUUUUGUCUUCAUCCGCAGUUUCAUCGACAUCUCCACCAGUGUCGCCAUCCACGACUUCAUCACUGUUUUUCUCUUUGCUUGUCGCUUUUGAGAUCCGAUUGCGCAGUUUCUGAUCAUCGGGCAGAGGCACGGCGGGGUUGGGCGGGAUUGGAUAUCUCAUGGGGCCAGAUUCUCGCAGCAUUGCAAACGCCUUCUUCCCAAACAGAUCGACCAAUGUCUCUUGCAGGGAG